GUGUUAUUACAAUAAGUAGUUAUUUUCUUAGCUUUGCGAUGCCAUUCCCUAUCCACCAUUAUUAUGAUCGCAAAUCAUGAUUACCACUACAUUGAUGCUCCACAAACGCCCGAGCGCCGAAGGCUUGACGCCCCCCGUUCCCCGUACAUGGAGCUGGCUGGGAGUGAAAGUUGGUGGGUCGGUUGGAGUGAGAUGAUGAGCUCGGACCAGCCAGGUGGAGGGCCCUAGAACCAGUGUGAUGGGACGCCAUAGAAGUCCCAACUUGAAUUGUUAUGUUACCAAAGGAAGUGAGAAGCCAUGACGAUGAAAAUUAUGUCUGUUUCCUCUUAUGCAGUGUUAUUCCAAGAUCUUGAAAUUGGUGAACAUGAUUCCCAAGGUUCAAGAAUUGAGAGGCGAGCGAGGAAUGCUGACGUCACACCCAAGACACAAGCUUGCCAGUAUAUCAGGAGCGAGGGCUCUUACUACAUUUUUAUCCAUUGCAACACAAUUAAUUUCAGAAAACACUCUAUUCAUAGUAUCAAAAUGGUCAAAGACAAGGACACCGUGAUCAGAGAGUUCAAUGAGCUUGUUAACAUGACCCCGAAUGAGCUUCGCGGGUGGCUCAAGGAAGAGCAAUCACAGUCAUCAGGAUGGACUGGUGAAUCUGGCGAGACCGUCGGCCACGAGAGUGGUCGAAAGAUAGUGGAUAUCUUGGAGCAUAAUCCAAGUCGUAAGCCCUCUGACUAUGAAGACUCGGAGAUCGAUCAUAUGCGCAAGGUUGUGUCUUACUGCAAGCGACAUCUCGCCCAGGAAGAGACUGCCAAACAAAAUCCCGAUAGCAAGAGCUAUCGCUCACUCAAGAAUUGGGGACAUGAUGCUCUGAAGCAGUGAUUUUAGAGUUUAAUGCACAAGUGAAAGCACCCUGUAUCAUUAUUUUACAUUUACG